AUGGCCGACUCCAACGAAUCCCAGCCGGUCGCACCGGUCCCACGCUCCACCAAGCCCGUCAGCGAGGCCCUGCUGAACGAAAAGUGGGAUCGCGCCAUCUCCUCCCUCAUCAUCCGCUCUUCCCUCGGUCUCUCCUUCGGUGUUGUCUUCUCCGUGCUCCUCUUCAAGCGGAGAGCUUGGCCCGCGUGGGUUGGUCUCGGCUUCGGUGCCGGACGUGCUUGGGAGGAAGCUGAUUCCUCCUUCCGUCGGGGCGACUCUCCGGUCAGAGAUGCCCUGCGUAGGUAG